GCCAGUGCCACAUCCCACCUCUUCUCUCCCGGGUCCUCCAGAGUGAGGGAUCACUUUUGGAAGAAGAGGUACAAUGACGGGUGGCAGUGGCAUCGCAGGGGUCGAGAGGUUUGAAAGUCCAGGAAAAGGGCGAGGACUUCGCGUGACCAGAGCCUUUAAACUGGGAGAGCUGCUGUUCUGUAGCCAGGCUUACUCUUAUGUGCUGUCAUUGAAGGAGAGAGGCAGCUACUGUGAAUGCUGCCUCACCAGGAAAGAGCACUUGGCAAGAUGUGGGAAGUGCAAAAAAGCCUUCUACUGCAAUGUGAAAUGUCAGAAAUCAGACUGGGCCAUGCACAAGCUGGAGUGCUCUGCAAUAACUGCAUUCGGAGAGAACUGGUGUCCGUCAGAGAUGUCCCGCCUGGUGGCUCGGAUCCUAGCAAAGAAGAAAACACAGAAAGAAAGGUGUGAUUCCGAGAAGAUUUUGCUCAUAGAAGAGAUGCAAUCGCACGUGGAGGACGUAGACAAUGAGAAGAGAGAGAUGAACGAGGCAGAUGUUGCCGGACUGCAUCGUUAUUGCUCCAAAAAUUUGGACCUGCCUGACCAUAAAGACCUGCUUACACUCUUCUCCCAGGUUGCCUGUAAUGGUUUCACUAUAGAGGAUGAUGAACUGUCCCACAUGGGUACUGCAGUCUACCCAGAUGUGGCUCUCAUAAACCACAGCUGUCUUCCCAGUGUCAUAGUCACAUAUAACGGCACGUCAGCUGAGAUUCGGGCUGUAAAGGACAUGAAGCCCGGAGAUGAAGUGCUCAUCAGCUACAUCGACCUCCUCUACCCGACGGACGACCGCAACAACAGGCUGAGAGAGUCCUACUACUUCACCUGUGACUGCAAGGAGUGUAAGAGCAAGUCCAAGGAUAAGGUGAAGAUAAAAGUACGAAAGCAGAGCGACCCCAUUGAGCCAGACAUCAUCAACAACAUGGUGCGCUACGCAAGGAAAACCAUCAGAGAGUUCAGAGCAUUCAAGAACAUAAAAACCCCUAGUGAGCUGCUGGAGAUGUGUGAGCAGAGCCUGGAUGAGAUGGGAGCCGUGUUUGACGACUCUAACGUCUACAUGCUCCACAUGAUGUACCAGGCCAUGGGGGUUUGUCUCUACAUGCAGGAUGCAGACGGAGCUAUCAGAUACGGAGAGAAGACCCUCAAACCGUACUGUCAGCUGUAUCCACCGUACUCUCUAAAUGUGUCCUCCAUGUACCUGAAGCUGGGCAGACUGUACAUGGCCCUGGAGAUGUACUCAAAGGGUGUUAGCGCUCUCAAGAAGGCUUUGGCCAUUAUGGAGGUGGCUCAUGGGAAGGAUCACUUUUACGUGAAGGAGCUGCGCAAAGAGAUGACACAAAAAUAAAGAGAAUGGAGAAAGCUAAUGU